AUGCACUACGAUCGUUGCACGAGAGCCGUUGUAUUGAAGCCCUUCGUGGAUCGGAACGAGCUCCUCCAUCCAACCGAAGAGCUGCUCUACGUGCGAUACCUGCAGCACGCUGAACUGGACAUCGAACGACUCGGCGGGCUCGCUGGAGCGAACUACAGACAGCUUGUUACCACUGCUAUCGUUCCUGCCUACUCGGGAGACCCGUCGUCCCCUCGGAGCGAGCCGUUGGUGCUCCGCUCACCGUUCCCGGCUGCAGUAUACCAAGAAGCGAUCGCGGGCGAUCUAGGCAGGGGCACUUGUACCGUAGGACAUGUAAGGCCGCUUUCAGGCAAGCUCGAGCUGCUGAGUCUGGAUGAGUGGAACGAGAAUGAGACAUACGAUGAGGAGCCGCCAACCUGCGUGCACUACUCGAUCGAGUGGAAGGUCACGCUGAACAACAAGCUCCUCUCUAAGGAUACAGAGCCAGACCUUGUGCUAGCGCCCAGGUUCUACUGGUCGCUGUUCCUGCGUGAGAAGCUCGAGAGGCUGCUGCAGAAGAAGCUGCCGCCGAUGACUGAGCGCUCAAAACGUGACUUGACGAAGCGCUUUGAUGAAAUGGAUGUGGAUUGGUUCUUAGUGGAGAGACAGCUCUCCCAGUGGAGCGAGUCGUUUCGUGCAGGCCCGCCUUGCAGUCUUGGGCCUCACUGCUGGCGGGACCCGCACGGAAAGAAGCACUACAAGCUAAGGACGCAUCAGCUGAAGGUCUUAAUAAGGCAUGUGGCGCAGGGGGGGCAGUUGCGGUCGCAUGACGACGUACCGGAGGAUGUCCGACAGCAGCUCUACGCAGAAGAGCAACAGCAGCUGGAAAGACACCAAAGAGCAAGUCACAGUGCUCUGGCGGGUCAUGCUCCCAUCCACAUAACAAACGUGCUUCCUGGGCCGUCUCACUCCACAUCAGGUUCCACCGAAGUGCAAGCUAAGCCUCGCCUUGACAUGCCCGGUUUCUUAGACGCAGCCGUGGAAGAGUACAGUGACUGGCAGCAGUCACGAGUCAGGAGGGAAGAUCAAAAAGAUGACAUUCGGAACAUGUGUGACAUGGCUCUAGAGCACGGACUCGACCUGCAGCAGCUUCACGACGACCAGGACCCGGACUUCUUCAUCUCGCGGGGCAUAAAGAUUGGUGUCGCUCGGCGUUUCUUACGCGACAUCGAAUACUGGGUCCAGCAGCAGGUGGCAGCUACUGAUCAGAUUACUAUAGAUUGA